CGACCCAUCGCGAGAACGCCGCGCGCAAGAUGCAGGGCGCGGCGGCCGCGGCGAUCUCUGUCUCCGGAGCGUCGUGGUCUGGGGCCGCGCGGGGCCGCGCCGCCGCCUUCUCCUCUUCCUCUUCCUUGGGGACCCGGGGCGCGCUCGCCGCCGCGCCGACGCUGCCGCUCCUCCGCGUUCGCGGCGGCUGCCGGCUCCGGCCUCUGUCGCUGCUGUUCGAUAGCGAUAGGAAUGGGGAGAUCGUCGCCAGGCCUGCUGCUGCUGCGGCAGCGGCGGCGGCAUCGGUGCCGGCGGACGACGCGAGCGCUGGGGCGAGGGGAGAGGACGCCGGCGCCGGCGGCAUUGCGGCCACGGCGCAGCUGGGCGCCAUGAUCGUCGCUUGGUACCUGCUCAACAUCUACUUCAACAUCUACAACAAGCAGGUUCUCGGCGCGCUGCCGCUGCCGCUGCCGUACACCAUCACCGCCUUCCAGCUCGCGUUCGGCUCCCUGCUCAUCUUCCUCAUGUGGGCGACCAGGCUCCACCCGGCGCCCAGGAUCUCCGCCGCGCAGCUGGGCAACAUCGCGCCGCUGGCCUUGGGGCACAUGCUGGGCACGGUGUUCACCAACAUGAGCCUGGGCAAGGUCGCCGUCUCCUUCACCCACACCAUCAAGGCCUCCGAGCCCUUCUUCACCGUCCUCCUCUCCGCCCUCUUCCUCGGCGAGGUUCCUUCCCUGCCGGUGCUGGGCUCGCUCGUGCCGAUUGUUGGCGGCGUCGCCUUGGCUUCAUUCACGGAAGUCUCUUUCAACUGGACUGGGUUUUGGAGCGCCAUGGCGUCCAAUCUGACCAACCAAUCAAGGAAUGUCCUCAGCAAGAAACUCCUGGCCGGUGACAAGGAUGCUAUGGAUGACAUCAACCUCUUCUCAGUGAUCACUAUACUGUCAUUUCUGCUGUCUUGUCCUCUGAUGCUGUUCGCAGAAGGCAUCAAGUUCACCCCAGGGUACCUCCAGAGCACGGGUUUGAACCUCCAAGAACUCUGCGUCAGGGCAGCACUUGCAGGGUUUUGCUUCCAUGGCUAUCAGAAGCUCUCCUACUUGAUCUUGUCGAGGGUGUCACCGGUGACCCACUCCGUCGCCAACUGCGUGAAGCGCGUGGUUGUCAUCGUCUCUUCAGUUAUCUUCUUCAGCACCCCCAUUUCGCCUGUCAAUGCACUAGGAACUGGUGCUGCAUUAGGGGGAGUUUUCCUGUACUCUAGGCUGACGAGAACAAAGAAGCCGAAGAAUGCAUGAGGGAUGGAUUACAGUAGUACGUGAAAAAAUCUUGUAUACACAACUUCGAGGUAUACAGAGUAGAUCGGGAUAUAUUAUUGAGGAGCUAAUCAAGCAUAGUUUCCACAGUAGAUGAGGGCACAGGCAGCUCGUUUGCACAGCUGCAACAUACACGAAUGAAUAUAUUCCCGAGUUUCACGAGACAUGGUGCCCUGUCCAUUAAGCUCCAAAGUCUCCAAACCACAGGAAACAAACGGCCGACCACGCCUUCGUGUGGUUCAUGCGCCACCAUUGCAGCCAGAUGCAAGCGCUUAUGCCGAAGAAGUGACAUACAAAUAAAACAAUAAACUUGUUGAGAUUC